CAGUAGCGCGCGAUCUCAGAGUACUGCCGUAGCGCUACCCUCUUUUCCAUCAUGUCCAAUUCUACGAGUAUGUCCUGCUCCUCUGCUACUCUCCCCCCGAUCACCAUCACCGCCACCCUCGGCCGCUCUAACCAUGUAUCCACCUCCAUCGCCGCCGCAGUCUCUUCCUCAGUCUUAGGAGCGGAUUCCACAACCACCGUCUACCCGAGUACCACCAAUGUCGUGACUUCCAUCGUUUCCGCGUCAGCACUACCGCCGACCACCAACAUCAUCACAUCCGUCGUCACCGCAUCCGCCGUCACAAAUGGCAUUACAGACACGAACCCGGUGACCAUCGUCAUCACAUCCAUCAAUAGCCCAACCACUACAGCCAUCGUCACGGGGACACCAGGCACAUCUCGCGGCUCAACAGCAACAACCACAACAUCUAUGCCCGCAGCCUUAUCCCCUAGCGCAGCCAGCAGCUCGAACAACAACACCACCACCUCCAGCGGCCUCGGCACGGCAGGCAAAACCGCCAUCGCCGUAGUAAUCCCGGUCGCCUUCGUCGCCAUCCUCGUAGCCUUCGGCAUCUGGUUCUGGCGCCGCCGCAAGCAACGAAAAGAAGAUAGCGAACAGCGCCGCAAAGAAAUAGAUGACUAUGGCUACAACCCCAACCACGACCCCUCCCUCCCCGCCGUCGCAGCCUCAGAAUCCGGCCAACCCCAAAUGACCGAAGACGCCAACAGCGGCUACCGAGGCUGGGGAGCAGCAGCAGCAGGAGGCGUAGCUUCCCACCGCAAGGCCUCCACCACCCUCAGCGGCGGCCACACUCAAGGCCAACUGUCCGACUCCGGCCACUCGUACGGUCAUAGCCCCAAUUCGCCAAACGGCGGCGUCUCUUACUCCGACGGCCAUUCCGGCGAUCCAUUAGUCCACACCCAACGCGACACAAUGAACAGCGACGAACUCGGCGCCCUGGGCGCCGCUCCCCUCUCCAGCGCCAACGCGGGAAUCCGACGCGGACCCAGUAACGCCUCGUCCGCCUACUCCGCGGGCGCGAAAUCAGAAGGUUCCGAUGAGCCGAUGAGUGCCUUCCCGGGUAGCGCCGGGGGUGGCGGAGCAGCGCAGGAGUACGGGCAAGGCGGUGGAUACGGGUAUGGUCAGCACGGACCGUAUGGCGAUGGGAGCUAUGGCGGGGCGCAGGAGGCGGCGACGGCGAUGCCGAUCGUGAGGGAUGUGAGUGCGAGGCGGAAUACGCGGAUUCAGCAGGCGGGGGUGUAUGGGCAGGGGAAUAGUGGGAUUGCGCAGAAUUUUUAA